AACAGCAGUAGUGGCAGACAGGUGGGAAGGUUCAGAGAAGAUUGUUUUGUUUCCUUUCUCAUAUUUAUACUUCUGCCAAGCAUGAUGUAGUAGCUGCUUGCUGUCGAUUCGCUAGUGAAUGGAGCUGUCUGAGCUGCUCCUAUUGCUGCUGUUUGCACUGAGGUCUGAACAGGAAACUUCAGUGAUGGAUUCUCUGCUCUCAGAUUCAACGAGGUCUUGUGGUCAUCAAUAAAUACAACAAAAAGACAGAGUGGAGAGGAAAUAAAAAAUAGCAGCAUCUCUAUCUGCGGGAGGAAUUCCGGCCUGUCAGCUAUUUUUGUGCCUGUCUUGCUUUCACUAUUUUGUGAAAGGAGACGUAAAAAGGAAGGAAGAGAGCGAACGACGCAGAAGGGGGAAGAGACAGACGUAUACUGUGUGAACGUCCUGGCGAGUGACAGUUGUUUUCAGGAGCAGCUGAGACGAAAAAAGUGAGGAGACGACAUGGUUCGGUGGUUCCACAGAGACAUCUCUGGUCUGGAGGCUGAGGAGAUCCUGAAGUCUCGAGGCAUCCAUGGCAGCUUUUUGGCUCGGCCCAGCAAGAAAAAUGUUGGUGAUUUCUCCUUGUCUGUCAGGGUGGGUGAUCUUGUCACCCACAUCCGCAUCCAAAACACAGGAGACUUCUACGACCUGUACGGCGGGGAGAAGUUCGCCACCCUGUCGGAGCUGGUGGAGUACUACACUGCAGAGAACGGCAUCCUUCAGGACAAGGACGGGACGGUCAUCGAGCUCAAAUAUCCUGUUAACUGCUCCGACCCCACCACAGAGCGGUGGUACCACGGUCACCUGUCCGGCCCAAACGCAGAGAAGCUGCUCACCGUCCGAGACGAGCCGGGGACCUUCCUGGUCAGGGAGUCUCUGUCCAAACCUGGAGACUUCGUCCUCUCUGUUCUGACAGAUGAAAUAAGCAAAAGCGGAUCAAAGAGGGUCUCCCACAUCAAGAUAAUGUGCCAGAAUGACCGCUACACGGUGGGAGGCUCAGACUUGUUUGACACGCUAACAGAACUGGUUGAGUUUUACAAGCGCAAAGGCAUCGAGGAGAUCUCUGGAAACUGGGUCUAUCUUAGACAGCCAUAUUUCUCCACCAGGGUGAACGCUGCAGACAUCGACAGCAGGGUGAAGCAGCUGGACCUCACCUUGAACAAGCCGUCCGAGGGUGAAGGGGAGAAGACCAAAGCGGGCUUUUGGGAAGAAUUUGACGCUCUCCAAAAGCUGGAGGCAAAGGUUAAAAAGAGCAGAGAGGAAGGCCAAAGACCAGAAAAUAAGAGCAAGAACAGAUACAAGAACAUUCUUCCCUUCAAUGACACCAGAGUCAUCCUGCAGAAUGCUGAUCCCGAAGUUGUCGGCUCAGAUUACAUCAAUGCCAACUAUGUGAAAGACAAACUCUGGGAGUCUGGAGAACAGAAAGUUUACAUCGCCACUCAGGGUUGCCUGGCAACAACUGUGGACGAUUUCUGGCAGAUGGUGUGGCAGGAGAAGACGCACGUGAUCGUAAUGACGACACGAGAGGUUGAGAAAGGCCGGAAUAAAUGUGUGCCGUACUGGCCUGAACAAAAAACCUCCAAGGAGUUCGGCAAAUACGCGGUUUCCUGUGAGUCGGAGAUGGAAGCUACGGAUUACAAAGUCCGACUUUUAAAGAUCGCUCCUGUGAACCAGGCCAAACUUUCCCAUCCCAUUUGGCACUACCAGUACCUCAGCUGGCCUGAUCACGGCGUCCCUCAGGAGCCCGGUGGAGUCCUCAGCUUCCUCACACAAGUCAACACUAAACAGGCUGAAUAUCCGGACGCCGGUCCCAUGAUCAUCCACUGCAGUGCUGGAAUCGGUCGGACGGGUACCAUCUUGGUGAUUGAUAUGAUUAUCGAGACCAUUGAUACUCUAGGUCUGGACUGUGAUAUAGACAUCUCAAAAUACAUACAGAUGGUGCGAGAACAACGCUCUGGUAUGGUGCAGACCGAGGUUCAGUAUAAAUUCAUCUACCUGGCUGUUUCCGAGUACAUACAGACCACUAAAGCCAAGGAGAACGCAUCAAAGGAAACCGACACAGAGUAUGGAAACCUUCAGCUCAAACACCAGCCAGCCAGCAGAAAGGUGUCAAAGAACAAGGAGGACGUCUACGAGAAUCUGUCGAAAGGAAAGAAAGAUAUGAAAAAAUCAAAGUUUGAGAAGAAAACUGGCUCGGUGAAGAAAAAAUAGAUGACACUGCAAGGUUUCUUUGUGUCAUAUUUAUGCAGGCGCUGUUUUGUUAAGUGCAGAGACCACUGAACAUAAAUUAACUGUUAAAAAUAAAAACCAAAUGUGUUGACAUUUUAUAAACCAUAUGGUGGUUGGAUUAUGUGUUUGUUGGAAAUAAAGGCAGAAUAUGUGAAACAUG